AUUUUUUUUAAGUCCGGGGGGGGAGAUGAAUGUGUCAUAAAUAGUUCGCCUUUAUAGAGGGCAGUGGAUGCAUGUUGAGCAAUGCGAUGAGGCCAGUGCACUUUGCAAGACUUGUGCUGCAGAGAGCCUCCGCGGAUCCCACGACCUGCUGCUGACAAGCCGGGGAAAAGGAGAGGCAGAGGGGAAGCCGCUCGGAGGGAGCGAUAGAGGGUACUGCCUUGGAGACGACAGCCUGGGUUUCUACGCGGAGGAAAUCAUGCAGUUUGCAAUCUGGCUGGUUGGACUAAUGUGUCAUCUGUCAGCUUUUGUCCGGGAGACUUUGCAAUACCAGUUGCAUCCGAAACAAGAGAGCUUCAUCAAGCAGCUGUCAUCGUACGAAAUCAUCAGACCGUUACGUGUGAAUGACUUCGGAGAGUCGUUCCCCCACAAAUUGCACUACAGAAGGAGACGAAGAAGUUUAAACGAUGACCUGUCUGGUUUACGGGUCCACUACAGGAUUGAUGCGUUCGGAGAACGCUUUCAUCUCAAUCUAACCGCAGACUCCAGCUUUAUCGCACCCUCUUACACGGUGACACACUUGGGAACGGAACAGAGCAACGACACGGACUCCCACCUCCCUGACCCCGGCGAUAUGCGCCACUGCUUUUUCCGCGGACACGUCAACGCCAAGAGCGAGUACCCGGCCGUCUUCAGCCUGUGCACCGGUCUGAUUGGAACUUUUACAACACAACAUGGUGAAUUCUUCUUGGAGCCCCUUUUAAAUGCUGUGGGGGAGGAAUAUGAUGAAGAACACAACAAACCUCAUCUCGUCUAUCGGCAUGAGAGGAAAAGAAACAUCUUGAAAACUGACAAUAGCGCCGAGCCCUGCAGUGCCUCAGAGAACUCCAAGAAGCCAGCAUCUUCAGAGAUGAGAGGGACUAUGACAGAGGAGCUAGAAUCUCUCAGAACCACAAUAGAUGACCAACGUGUGCAUGAGAAAAACUCCACCAGCCCACACCCCAAAUCGCUUCGCAGGCGCAAGCGUUUCCUGUCCUAUCCUCGCUACGUUGAGCUAAUGGUGACAGCGGAUGCCAAAAUGGUGCGCCACCAUGGACGAAACCUAGAGCACUACAUCCUUACAAUCAUGUCAGUAGUAGCAGCAGUGUACAGGGACCCCAGCAUAGGAAACCUCAUCAACAUCAAGAUUGUCAAGCUUGUCAUCAUCCACAAUGAGCAGGAAGGUCCCACUGUGAGCUUCAAUGCUGCCACCACUCUGCACAACUUCUGUGUCUGGCAGCAGAGCCACAACAUCCAGGAUGACAGCCAUCCUUCUCACCACGACACUGCACUCCUCAUAACCAGGGAAGACAUCUGCCGUGCAAAAGACAAAUGUGACACAUUAGGGCUUGCUGAGCUGGGGACCAUGUGUGACCCAUACCGGAGCUGCUCCAUCAGUGAGGAAAAUGGAAUUAGUGCCUCCUUCACCAUUGCUCAUGAGCUGGGCCAUGUGUUCAAUAUGCCUCAUGAUGACAACCCCAAAUGCCGGGAGGCAGGCAUGAAGCACCAGUAUCACGUCAUGGCUCCCACACUUAACUACGAUACCAAUCCUUGGUCGUGGUCCAAGUGCAGUCGCAAGUACAUCACUGAGUUUCUUGACACUGGCUAUGGGGAGUGCCUCCUUGACGAGCCUAUAGGGAGAACAUAUGAGCUGCCCACCCUCCUCCCUGGUCAGCUCUACAAUGCCAACAGACAGUGUGAACUGAUGUUCGGUCCUGGUUCCCAAAUUUGUCCUUACAUGAAACAGUGCAAGAGGCUGUGGUGUACGAGUGCAGAGGGGGACCACAAAGGGUGUCGCACACAGCACAUGCCACUCGCUGAUGGGACUGACUGUGGACAUGGAAUGUAUUGCAGACAUGGGAUGUGUGUAAAUAAAGAGUUGGACCUGCAACCAGUCCAUGGGGAGUGGGGUCCCUGGGGCCCCUACAGUGUUUGCUCCAGGUCCUGUGGUGGAGGAACAAGAAGCACCUCUAGAGACUGCAACAAGCCUGAGCCCAGAAAUGGUGGUAAGUUCUGUGUGGGUCGCAGGAUGAAGUUCCGCUCCUGCAACACUGAGCCAUGCCCGAGAGGACGGAAGGAUUUCCGGGAAGAGCAGUGCUCUCAGUUUGACGGCAAGCACUUCAACAUCAACGGUCUACCUCCCACCGUCCGCUGGGUCCCCAAGUACAGUGGCAUAUUAAUGAAGGAUCGGUGUAAGCUCUUUUGCCGGGUUGCUGGGACUAUGGCAUACUAUCAGCUGAAGGACCGCGUCAUCGACGGCACACCGUGUGGACCAGACACUUACGACAUCUGCGUUCAAGGCCUUUGCAGACAAGCAGGCUGCGACCACGUGCUUAACUCGAAGGCCAGGAAUGACAAAUGCGGAGUGUGUGGCGGCGACAACUCAUCGUGCAAAACUCUGGAAGGAACCUUCAAUGAUGCUCAGUAUGGUUACAACACAGUGGUGCGGAUCCCAGCUGGAGCCACCAACAUUGAUAUCAAACAGGUCAGCUACUCUGGAAAACCAGAAGAUGACAACUACCUCGCAUUAUCCGAUAGCCAGUCCAACUUCCUCCUAAAUGGAAACUUUGUGGUGGCCAUGUUCAAAAGGGAAAUCAACUUCAAGGGAACCGUCAUUGAUUACAGUGGCUCAGACACAAAAGUUGAGCGCAUUAACUGCACUGAUCGGAUUGAUGAGGAACUUAUUCUGCAGGUCUUGUGUGUGGGAAACCUCUACAACCCAGAUGUUCGCUACUCCUUUAACAUACCCAUUGAGGAACACAGGGAGCAGUUUGUCUGGGAUCCCUCAGGCUCCUGGCUCGAGUGCAACCGCAUCUGCCAGGGUGAGCGAAGACGAAAGGGGGUGUGUGUACGUAAGAGUGAUCACCUUGAGGUGUCAGACCAGCGCUGUGAACAUUUACCUCAUCCUGAUGCUGUUACCGAGCCCUGCAACACUGACUGUGAAGUCAGGUGGCACGUUGCUGGAAAAAGCGAAUGUUCAGCUAAAUGCGGUUCAGGCUACCACAGCUUGGAUGUUCAGUGUAUGAAGUACAGCCUGAUGAAAAGACAGAGCGAGAGGAUGGAGCCCAGUGCCUGUGCAGGCAUCACUAAACCUCCGACCAGAGAGUCCUGCCACGGAGACUGUCUGCUGAAGAGCUGGCAGUACAGCGCCUGGUCUCAGUGCUCUAAGACAUGUGGACACGGGAGCCGUAGCAGAGAGUCUUACUGUAUGAACAAUUUGGGCCGCCGGCUCGUGGACAGAGAAUGCAGUGAAUACCAGAGGGUAGUUACAGGAACUUGCAACGACCAGCCGUGUCCAAAAUGGACUGUCAGUGAGUGGAGUGAGUGCCUGGUGACUUGUGGGAAAGGGAUGAGGCACAGACAAGUAUCCUGCAGCAUGGGAGCCAGGGAGGAGAAGCUGAGUGAGCACCUCUGUGACUUGUCUAGUAAACCCCCUGCAGUGGGAAGCUGUGAGCUGCCCGAGUGUGCAUCUUGGCAAGUUGGCGUCUGGGGAGCGUGUUCAGUGACCUGUGGCCAUGGCUACCAGAUGAGAGCUGUAAGGUGUGUGUCAGGAGAGUAUGGCGACACAGUAGAUGACAGAGAGUGCAAUGCUGCUGCGAGGCCCAGAGACAGUCAGGACUGUGAGAUGUCGCCAUGCCCACGGGCCUCUCCAGCACAAAGCACACCUCGUCCAGACAACUCUGCACAGUUCCUGACUCAGUGGAGAUAUGGCUCCUGGACUGCGUGCUCAGUGUCCUGUGGCAAGGGAAAGCAGGCUCGUUAUGUCAGCUGCAGAGAUGUCCACGGAGGAGUGGCAGACGAAUCCUAUUGCGCCCACCUGCCUCGCCCCCCUGAGUUCUCCACCUGCUUCAGCCCUUGUGGGCAAUGGCAUGCCGGAGAGUGGUCACCUUGUUCAGUGACAUGUGGUGCAGGAAGAACCACCAGACAAGUGGUCUGCUCUAACUACCCCCAGCCAGUGGACCAGUCUUUCUGUGACCCAGAUGAGAGGCCUGUGACAGAGCAGGAGUGCACUGCUGCACCCUGUCCUUCUGUUUACCACCGCCAGCGCAUCAAUGACCAGCCCUAUGGAUAUCCUCAGGAUCCAGGACGUCACCCAGGCCACAGCAGCUGGAAUGUGCCUUCAGCAGACAACCAGUGGAGGACCGGCCCCUGGGGCGCAUGUUCCAGUACCUGUGCAGGAGGCUUCCAGAGGCGGGUGGUUGUCUGUCAGGAUGCUGAAGGGCGCAGCAACAGCUACUGUGAUGAGAGGGUUAAACCGGCUGAGUCGAAGAACUGCGACUCUGGGCCCUGUCCUGUGUGGAACUACGGUGUUUGGGGAGAGUGUACCCAAACUUGCGGUGGAGGAAGGAGGACUCGCUUGGUGGUAUGUCAAAGGCCUAACGGACAGAGGCUCAAUGACUACAACUGUGACAUCCUAGACAAACCACCUGACAUGGAGCAGUGCAACUUGCAGCCCUGCCCAGGUUCUGCCUCCUGGCACCGUGGACCGUGGAAUCUGUGUUCAGUAAGCUGCGGGAGAGGGACCAAGCAGCGGGACAUAGUCUGUGUUUAUCAGAACCAAACCAAAAUAGAAGAGGAUCGCUGCAGUCAUCUGCCCCGGCCACGGACACAGAAGGCCUGUCGGGCUCGAGGGUGCCCCAGUUGGAAAGCUAACAGAUGGAGGGAGUGUUCUGUCACCUGUGGAGUCGGAGUUCAGAACCGUGAUGUUUACUGCAGGCUAAAAGGGACAGGACGAGUCCGCGAGAACCUGUGCGACGCUCACGCACGUCCUCUUACUGUGCGACCGUGCCAGGUUGCAGAUUGCACACAUUAUGGUUGGGUCGCCGGUGAAUGGAAAGAUUGUAAUGCAACCUGUGGAGAAGGCAUGAGAAGCAGGAAGGUGGUGUGCAUGGGUCCAGGAAUGACACCUGCCCAGGAUGAUUACUGUGAGCCAUUACCCCAGCCGUCAUCAUUCCAGCCCUGCAAAGAAGCUCCUUGUCACUACACGUGGAUAACAGGAGAAUGGUCACAGUGCUCUGCCAGCUGCGGUGUUGGCUAUCAGCAGCGUAUUGUCUCCUGCACCCUGAUGCCCUCCUCUCCUGCUCAGCGUGCGUAUGCUCAGUCCUCCUUUGCCAGAACAAACUGCCCUGAGCCCCACCCUCCUGGCACCCGGCCGUGCCUCCUCAUGGACUGCCCGCACACGUCCUACUGGAAAGUUGGCCCAUGGAGCAAGUGCUCGCAGACCUGUGGGGCAGGAGUGAUGGAGCGCAGAUUGGAGUGUGUGACCUCAAAAGGCCAGUUGUCCAAACUCUGCCAUCUGUCAGAAAGACCUGAGUCUCAAGCUGCAUGUCAGGACAGAGAAUGCCAGUUGUUCGGUACGUGCCGAGAGGUCCAGAUGAGACGGGGUGUGAGGAUAGAUGGGGAAUACUAUCUCAAAGUCAAAUCCCGGAUCCUACAGAUUUACUGCGCUGAGAUGCAGACUGAUUUCCCCAAGGAGUAUGUGACCUUGCGAAGUGGUCAGACGGAUAACUACUCUGAGGUGUAUGGCCACAGGUUGCUGAACCCAUUUGAAUGCCCUUAUAACGGCAGCCGAAAACAGGACUGCGAGUGCAGGAAUGACUACUCAGCAGCCGGGUACACACUCUUCCACAAAGUUCGUCUGGACCUUAACUCCCUGAGGAUAAUGAUCACAGACCUCCGGUUUUCCCAAACUCCUCUUGGUCAACCCGUGCCCUUUGCUACGGCGGGAGAUUGUUAUAGUGCUGCCAAAUGUCCACAGGGCCAGUUCAGCAUUAAUCUGAUUGGCACUGGCCUCAAAGUGGCUCAGGCCACCAAGUGGACGUCUCAGGGCAACUAUGUUUCCGUCAAAGUCCACAGAUCUGAGGAUGGAACAAGAAUCUACGGCCGCUGUGGGGGUUUCUGUGGGAAGUGCAUUCCCCAGGCUCACAACGGCCUACUUCUUCAAGUCCACUGAGGGCCGUGCAGAGACCAAACCACCUAAAUCUGUCUGAAAUAAGAUACCUGCAAUAAGAGAGAUUUGUUGGAUCCUGUAGUCAUCUGUGAGUGUGGUGGGGGAGCAUUUAACAGUUAUUAUCCCACAGUAAUUCCCUCUAUUCCCAAAUGGCAGCCAAAGCAGACAGGAUACUACAUACUGUAUAGUGCAGUACUACAGGGCCACCAUCAGGUCCUUCACUCAAACUGCCAACUCAUAAGAAGAUGCAGCUAUAUUUGCUUCCCAGCAGCUCUGCAGAGGCUGUCAUGCACACGUUAUGCAUGUUUUUUGUAUCAUAACAAGGGAUAUAGGACUGAAAACACUGGGAAAGCAAAUACACAGGCAGGAGGAAAAGAUGAGGAAAACUGAUAAGGAACAUAUUUUCAAACUUAAAAGAAAAAAAAAACUUGUAGAAAUCUUAUAGGCUCUGAUCCAACUCAUCAGUGAGACAGUCCAAAAGCGAGUAUACUGCCCUAUGAAACAUCCCUCGCAAUCCUACUGUGGUUAAAAAAGAUAAAAGUUCUAUACACAGACAUUUGAAGUAUAUGUACGGGAUAGUUGUGUUGUUGUUUUAUGAUGUUACAUUAGAUGUGAGAGUGAUAUGAAUGUUGCUCUCAGCAACAAAUGAGAAGGCAAAUUGACAAACUGUUCUCAUAUGGAAAAGAAAUACAAAAAAGUAGUUAUAAAUGUUCAGGUUUCCUAAAUAAUGUGUGUUCCAUACAACUUAUAUGUCUCAUACUGUGAAGUACUCAUGAGAUGGGGUCUUUUGCAUUUUUACAUGCAAUAUAAUAAUGAGAAUAAAGUAUAAAUCAAAUAAGCGCUAUUUUGUUUAUGAAAAAAUGAAAGGGGACGCUAUCUUGAGUAAAUGAUAGUUUGAGAUAUGCAGUCUUCACAUGCAAACAUCUACUACAGGUAAAAUGGAAAAUUAAAAAAUUAUUAUUUCUUUUCCAUAUGGGUUUGUUUGGAGCUCAAGACUGAAAAGUAUCGGCAUGCAACUUAAGUACUGAUAUGCUUCCAGACGUGCCUCCUGUCAGAGGUCAAACAUUAGGAGAACAUCAGGAGCCUUUAGAACAACUGCAGAUAAUGUUUAGUUUUCAUUGUUGUGUACUUCAUGAGUCUGUCUCCUGUCAUCUGUUGUCAGGUAUUUAACAAAACUACUGAAACCCACGCAGACACUCCACUGACUGACACUGAUAUACGACUGCCAGAAUAAACAAUAGUGGUGUGAGGAAAUAGCUAAACUAUUUAGCUACUAUCCAUAUUUCCUAGUGUUGAAGUACAAAUGAAAAGUCUUCUAUUUUGCGCCUGCGUGCGUGCGUGUGUGUGUGACUGUGUGUGUGUGUGUGUGCACGUGCACGCGUUAGAUUGUUAUUGGUGUUUCUCUUUGUCACGCAGACAAGUUCUCAUCUGUUACACCUUGACACACUGUAAGGUGUGUAUAUGCGUGCGUGUCUGACCUCACGCGCUCUGUCGGGCCUACUGUAGGUGCCUGCAAACCCUACCUCUCAUCCAUACUCUCUUGAGAUAUGUGUUGUAAUAUAUUUAUGUUUGACCAUAUUUAUUCUGUAUUGACUUGUAGAUAUGUUCAUCACGAUGGUACAAUGACUACUGCCAACGGAGAAGCCAUUGUCUGCUAUGUUUUGUCUGUUUUCUGCUAAAAAGGUAUUAGCCUACGAUUUGUAACCACUAACCUUGAAUGAGGAUCUUUUUAAAAGGUGCUUUUGAACUACUGGAAUUACCUCUAAUCUUGAGAAGAAACAUACUGGCUUUGGGAAUAACACUCAAUAGGGCAGAGGUUCAACUCUUUCUGACUCUUAAAGCAGUUGUAGGAUCUGCCUAUAGAGCCUGUCGCGGUCCUUAUAUUAACAGAGCUGAUGUUUUCAAUGCAAGAUCGCCAGAUAAAAUAGAUCAGCUGCUCCCUUCCAGCAAUACUUACUGUAACCCAUCAUAUAUGGCUUUCGCCAUGACCGCGAUUACACCUAUCAACCAACUGAACAUGCAGAUACGCUAAUGUUAAGCUUUAACCAAAGUUAGGAGAUAGAUGCAGAUGUUUUUUUUUUUUUUCCUCUCUUCUCAGACAAUGCAGCUUCUUUUGAUAUAAAGGAUGGCUGAAAACAAUAAAAGUCAAUGAGCAGCUAGAAAACCUUUGGCUGUCAUUACAUUUUAUGAUGGUCAAUUGUGCUAUGAGGUCUGUAUCAGAAAUUUAAAGAAUUCUUGAUGCACUGUGUGCCAUCAGUUUUGUAGAAAUGUAAUCCUGUUUGUCUUUUUGUAAUAACCAUUAAGAUUUGUAACUUAUGAUAUAUGUGUAUUUGUAAUAUUCAUACUUGAAUUGCAAACAGUGUGCUAAAUAUUGAAUGGGCAUUGGUACUGAAUAGAGAAACGGUGUGCUUGUUCACCAUGCUUUAUCCAAAGAUGUUUUAAGGAUCCUAUGUACCUACAGUAUGUAUGCAGUCCGUAUAAAAGAAAUGAAUGAUUCUGGUGCUAUACUAAUCGUACGAUUACAGUUAUGUCUUGCUAUUAUACUAAUGUUAA